GUGCGUGCGUGUGCGUGUGUGUGUGUGUGUCUUUCUGGUAAAUCUAGCCUGAGCUGCCUCUCCUGUCCUUGCUUUGUUUCACAAAUGAGCAGAGGAAUGUCCAAAUGGGUGACAGCGAACUCGCUAACCCCUGACAGAGUUGGUCUUAUUACCGACCAACCGACUGUCGCCCUAAUAACGCGUUAAUAACGGUGUUUUAACCGUUUCUGUGGUUGUUUGUUUGAUGUAAACGGACUGACGUUUAUCACAGCGGAAGGGACCGCGGCACGCAAACACAACAAACGGCAGCUUGCUAACAUAAAGCAGCAAACACAGCAGUACUUUACUAGCCUAGUGUGGCUAGCACAAGCUAGCUGCUCCUUCUGGCUGUUAUUGAAAACAGAAGGCUACAAGAUGGACUCGAGCCAAACUUGUUGUCAGCCUUGAACAAUUCAGGCCCUGGUGUUGGUGUUGAUGCUGCUGUUUUCCGAACAGGUCAUGGAAAGAACCACAAGGACGCGGCGUCAGUGCGAGCCAUGCAUCCCAUCCCUGCUGCUUGUGGGAUCUACUACUUUGAAGUGAAGAUUGUCAGUAAAGGUCGAGACGGGUACAUGGGCAUCGGACUGUCUGCUCAGGGAGUCAACAUGAACAGACUUCCUGGAUGGGACAAACAUUCAUACGGUUACCAUGGAGACGACGGCCACUCCUUCUGCUCCUCCGGGACCGGCCAGCCGUACGGCCCGACGUUCACCACGGGCGACGUGAUUGGCUGCUGCGUGAAUCUCAUCAACAACACCUGCUUUUACACCAAAAACGGCAUCAGUUUAGGUGUUGCCUUCACAGACCUCCCUCCCAACCUGUAUCCCACCGUGGGGCUCCAGACGCCCGGUGAGAUCGUAGACGCCAACUUCGGCCAGCAGCCGUUUGUCUUCGACAUCGAGGACUACAUGAGUGAAUGGAGAGCAAAGAUCCAUGGAAUGAUCACAAACUUCCCGAUUGGCGAGCGGCUGGGAGAGUGGCAGGCUGUCCUGCAGAAUAUGGUGUCCAGCUACCUGGUGCAUCAUGGGUACUGCGCCACUGCAACAGCCUUUGCCAGAGCCACAGAGACCAUAAUUCAGGAGGACCAGAUGUCUAUAAAAAACAGACAAAGAAUACAGAAGCUGGUUCUGGCGGGUCGGGUGGGCGAGGCCAUAGACGCCACUCAGCUGCUCUAUCCCAGCCUGUUAGAACGCAACCCAAACCUUCUGUUCAUGUUGAAGUGUCGUCAGUUCGUGGAGAUGGUGAACGGGACGGACAGCGAGGUUCGCUGCUUGACUGUUCGCUCCCCAAAGUCCCAGGACAGCUACCCCGGCUCCCCCAGCCUCAGCCCCCGCCACGCAGCCAGCAACACACACAUUCACAGUGGAGGAGCAGACAGCCCCACCUGCAGCAACGGCGUGACUCUCCCCAGCAAGUCGAAGAGCCACAGCGUCAAAUACCCCAGCGCCUCCUCCUCCACCUCCUCCUCCGCCUCCUCCUCUCCUUCCUCCAUAAACUACUCCAACUCCUCCGACUCCACCAAGAGUCAGCCGCACAGUGCCAACAGCACCCAUGAGACCAGCGACAGUGAGAUGGAGAUCGAGGCGGAGCACUACACCAACGGUGUCCUGGAAGGCUCCACGGCGCGGAUCAUGAACGGAACGUAUAAACACGAAGAGAUCCUCCAGCCGGACGACAACAGCAUCUGUAACGGGGUCACAGGUCUGAGUAACGGCAAACAGCUGUUUGGCGGGAACCAGGCGGCCACAGAGAGGAUGAUCCAGUUUGGACGGGAGCUGCAGGCGCUCAGCGAGCAGCUGUGUCACGAGUACGGCACCAAUACCACGCACAAGAAGAUGCUACAGGAUGCAUUCAGCCUGCUGGCGUACUCAGACCCGUGGAACUGCCCGGUGGGUCAGCAGUUAGACCCCACACAGAGAGAAUCACUCUGCUCGGCUCUCAACAGCGCCAUCCUGGAGUCCCAGAACCUUCCCAGACAGCCUCCGCUGAUGCUGGCGCUGGGCCAGGCCACCGAGUGCGUCCAGCUGAUGGCUCGGGUCCGCUCCGGAUCCUGCUCCUUCGCCAGAGUCGACGACUUUCUGCCCUAAAACCGCGUUCAGGUCGUCGUUAAGCAGCACUGAGGGAAGGCGUGUCCAGCUGGCGGUUGUCGUGGCGAUGGCAGGGAGAGCAUGCUUCUGACUGGCCGUUGCACAGACAGAGGAGCAGAGAGGAGAAGGGAAGAAGGCUUCCUAUUUAAUUUAGUAUUAUCAAAUAAAGAAACGUGUGACACUA